AUGGUGAGGUACUGCUCUGUGCCUCAGUGCACUUCUUACGCAACUGAACGGGGUGUUAGCUUUCACAUCUAUCCGAAGGACCCGAAGCUAAAGAAGAAGUGGAUAGUGAAGCUCGGAAUGGGAAAACGCCCCACGCCUUCAUCGACCGUGUGCAGCAAGAACUUCGUUGACAGUGACUUCUGCUACCCACCGUGCACCCCACUUCUAGGCUACAGGAUUAGACGACUUACACUACAUGCGGUGCCGUCCCAGAACCUGCCGAGAAGGCCCCUAGACAAGGACCCGAAGACGCGGCCUCCGAAUCUCCUCGCAGGCCUCAUGAGCAACCUACAAGCCAAAGCAGCUGUGUGGCGAGCUCGCAACGCAACUGCCGCUCGGGCUCGCCACCGAGACCUUGCCGUGACAGCCCGGAAAGCCGAAGAGGUCUCAUCGUCCAGCAAACCCAGAUCUGCGGGCCAGCUAAACCACAGCGAGGAGACCUCGUUGUCAAGCACACCCUGA